CUUGCUCUCGUUAACUCCCACUAACACCACAACAACACUCUCUCUCACACUAAUAACUUUCUCUCUCAACAAUGGCCACCUCAGCAUCCCCAACGACUUUCUCUCUCCUCUCUUCAACCACCAACUCCUCCACUUCCUCAUCCUCCACUCGCUCCUCCCUCCUCCACCUCUCUCCCACCACCACAUCCGGCGGCCUCCGCCUCCGCUCAGCCGGUCUCCGCCGCCUAGGCUUCGCCGCGGCGGACCCGCUCCUGGCCCUCCACGUGGCAUCAAGGAUCAGCUCGGCGUCGUCCGGGAAGGGAGUGAGGGGAGUUGUUUCCAUGGCGAAGAAGAGCGUUGGGGACUUGACUGCUGCUGACUUGAAAGGAAAGAGAGUAUUCGUUAGGGCUGACCUUAACGUGCCACUUGAUGAUAACCAGAACAUCACCGACGACACUAGGAUCCGUGCUGCCAUUCCCACCAUCAAGCACCUCAUCCAGAAUGGUGCCAAAGUCAUUCUCUCCAGUCAUUUGGGACGACCGAAGGGUGUCACUCCCAAGUUCAGCUUGGCACCUCUUGUACCCCGUCUUUCUGAACUCAUUGGUAUACAGGUUGUCAAGGCUGAUGACAGUAUUGGUCCCGAAGUAGAGAAGUUGGUGGCUUCACUUCCUGAUGGAGGUGUUCUUCUUCUGGAAAACGUGAGGUUUUACAAGGAGGAAGAAAAGAAUGACCCCGAGCAUGCGAAGAAGCUUGCUGCUCUUGCAGAUCUAUAUGUUAAUGAUGCAUUUGGUACUGCUCACAGGGCACACGCAUCAACAGAGGGAGUCACUAAAUUCCUCAAGCCAUCCGUUGCUGGUUUUCUUUUGCAAAAGGAACUUGACUACCUUGUUGGGGCUGUAUCAAACCCAAAGAGGCCAUUUGCUGCCAUUGUGGGUGGUUCCAAGGUCUCAUCCAAAAUUGGAGUGAUUGAAUCCCUUCUCGAAAAAUGUGACAUCCUUCUACUUGGAGGAGGUAUGAUCUUCACAUUUUACAAGGCACAAGGUCUCUCAGUUGGUUCUUCCCUUGUAGAGGAAGAUAAGUUAGAUCUUGCUACAUCUCUCCUUGCAAAAGCCAAGGCAAAGGGCGUGUCUCUCUUGUUACCAUCUGACGUGGUGAUUGCAGACAAAUUCGCUCCCGAUGCAAAUAGCAAGGUUGUGCCAGCGUCUGCGAUCCCUGACGGUUGGAUGGGCCUGGAUAUUGGUCCAGAGUCUAUUAAAACAUUCAACGAAGCAUUGGAAACUACCAAAACCAUUAUAUGGAAUGGGCCAAUGGGAGUCUUUGAGUUUGACAAAUUUGCUGUUGGGACAGAGGCUAUUGCAAAGAAGCUGGCUGAUCUCAGCGGAAAGGGUGUGACCACAAUUAUUGGAGGAGGAGAUUCCGUUGCGGCCGUGGAGAAAGUGGGAGUUGCAAAUGUCAUGAGCCACAUAUCCACAGGUGGUGGUGCCAGUUUGGAGUUGCUGGAAGGAAAAGAGCUUCCUGGUGUCCUUGCCCUCGAUGAAGCCACACCAGUUGCCGUGUAAGACAAUUUUCAGCUCAAAUAAUUUUCUCAUCCUUGGUGUCCAUGUUCUCUGCUUCUCUCACAACCUUGUAAAAGAGCAUAUUGUAGGACCUUUCCGAGUAUAUCUUUAGUGUAAAUCUUAUCAUGUUGAGUUAUUUUGCUUCUCACACAAAUUGCGUGUAACUGUAAACCCAGGCUGAGAGCCAUAAAUUCAAAUAAUAAUAAUAAUAAUCAUCCAUGAAUUUCUGCAA